AUGAGUUCUCAACACUUUAUUCCUCCUUUGAAUUAUGGUAUGAUAGAAGAGGACUUGUAUAGAUCGGGUCAACCAAACGAACUUAAUUUCCCCUUUUUAGAAAAACUUGGGUUGAAAACUGUUGUAUGGUUGGCGCCUGAAGAACCAAAUCAAAGGUUUCUAAAUUUUAUCGAUGAUCAGGAUAUUGAAUGGUACCAUCUUGGGGUGAUUUCUUCGGCAAACGCUUUGGAUCCGAUUACUGAAGAGGUCGUAUUAGAAGCUUUAGAACAUAUUCUAAAUCCACGUAAUUAUCCAAUGAUUGUAAUGUGUGAUCUGGGAAGACAUCGGACAGGUACAAUUGUAGGAUGUUUGCGUAAACUCCAAAAAUGGAAUUUAACAUCAAUUUUUGAAGAAUACCGUCGAUAUGCAGGGCCUAAAGUCAGAGUCUUAAAUGAGCAAUUUAUUGAACUUUUCGACACGGAUUUGGUUAGAGUUCCAGUGAACAGACCUAAAUGGCUAUGA